CGGGGUGUGUGUGCCGUCGGGACGUGCUCUCCGCUACUGAGGAGGGGGAGCCGAGCCGGCGCUCUCCUCAUUCCCCGGUGACACGAGGCGGGUCUAGCAGGGGGCCACCUCCUCCCAGCCCUUCUCAUUGGCUGCUCGGCGAUGCCCGUGGCUCCCGGCCCGUCCGUUAAAUGGGACGCUCAUUAGAGAGCAGUUUCCAUUGACAAAAGCGCCGAGGGGGGGAAAGCGCGCUGGGUGGAAAGAGGAAAAGAGGACGCGCUCGAGGGGCGCAUGGGCAAGCGCGGGCCGAGGCUUCCUGCACGUUGGCUUCGGGGAGGCGGCGGCGGCGGCAGCAAGGGAGAGAGUAGGGCAGGCGCACUCUUUCGCCUGAGGUGGAUUAUUCUGUUUUCUGUUCUUCAGCGCCUGGCCGGUGGCUCGCCGGAGCUCUCCCUUGAGACAACGUUUGGACGCCACCGCGAAGCCAAGAGGGGGCUGCGAGAGGACUAGGCUGCCCGACGGAGGGGAGGCGGGGGCUGCAGAGCCCGGCCUGUGAGGGCGGCGGCGGGCGCGCGUCUUGCGAGGGCUCCAUGAUUGGGAACGGAAGAAUCGAGCCGCCCCUCUGCCACCCUCCCGCCCCCAACCUCCAUGGGCGGCAGUGAAGAUGGGGGACCCCUCUCCUCCUCGUGGCUGGGCUGAGCUUCCCCGGAAGGAUGCACCGUGAUGACUCCCACCGAGCGGCGGCACGAGUACCGUCGACGGCCGCGGCGGCCCCGCCACCUCCUUCUCCUCUAGCGGCAGCUGCCGAGAGCUCAGCUGUAAUGGAAACUGGGGGCGAUGCCAGGACAGCACCUCCGAGGCGGGGAGGCGCAGGACCAGGCGGCAGCGGCGAGGUUGGAGCUGCUGUCGCUGCAGAACGCGCCGGCUUCCUAGCGGCUGCCGCGGCUGCUGCCGUCGCUCCUGCGGGUGGAAAGGGUAUGAAUAUUGAUGGAGCAGGCGGCGGCGGCGGCAGCAGCAGCGCAUCGGGCAUGGACCCUGCUGCAGUGCCGAGAGGAGGCCGAGCCGCGGCCCCCGCCCCUUUCCUGCGAGUGCCUUACGCCAAGGAUCCCAAAGCAGCCCACCAGCGCUUCCUGCGGAGGAGCGUGGUGGACUCCGACCAGGAGGAGCCCACCUUCGAGCCGCCCGAGCCGCAGCAGCCGCAGCAGAAGAAGAUCAUCCUCUUCUCCAAAACCAGGAGGAUAAUCGCCGAGAGGGUGAAAGCAGGGCAGAGGCCGGUGGUGGAAGAGGCGCACCCCGCGGAACAGCCCGCCGAGCCGGCGAAAGCGGCGGCCGCCCCGGAGGGUCUUCUUAGUUCAGCAACAGUAGCAGCAGCAGCAGCCGAGGAGCCGAAGGAGAGCAGCGGCAAGGAAGAUGCGGAGAAGAAAGAGGCGCCGGAAUCUCUCAAGGAGCAGAGCAAGUCCAAGAAAGAGGAGGCGGAGGAUGAGGAGGAAGAGGCCGACAUGAAGGCGGUGGCCACCUCCCCCGAUGGCAGGUUUCUAAAGUUUGAUAUCGAGCUCGGAAGAGGGUCUUUCAAAACAGUCUACAAGGGGCUGGACACGGAGACCUGGGUGGAAGUGGCUUGGUGCGAACUCCAGGACCGAAAGCUGACGAAAGUGGAACGGCAGAGAUUUAAAGAGGAAGCAGAGAUGUUGAAAGGUCUUCAGCAUCCGAACAUUGUUAGGUUUUAUGACUUUUGGGAAUCGUGUUUAAAAGGAAAGAGGUGUAUUGUGCUGGUUACAGAACUGAUGACAUCUGGAACCCUGAAAACUUAUUUGAAGAGAUUUAAAGUGAUGAAACCAAAAGUCCUUCGUAGCUGGUGCCGGCAAAUCUUGAAGGGUCUCCAUUUUCUGCACACUAGAACUCCACCAAUCAUUCACAGAGACUUAAAAUGUGACAAUAUUUUUAUAACUGGACCAACUGGAUCUGUGAAGAUAGGAGAUUUAGGUCUGGCAACUCUCAAAAGAGCUUCAUUUGCCAAAAGUGUAAUAGGUACUCCAGAAUUUAUGGCUCCAGAGAUGUAUGAAGAACACUAUGAUGAAUCCGUGGAUGUAUAUGCUUUUGGAAUGUGUAUGUUGGAAAUGGCUACCUCAGAAUAUCCAUAUUCAGAAUGCCAGAAUGCUGCUCAAAUUUACAGGAAAGUAACCUGUGGUGUCAAACCAGCAAGUUUUGAUAAAGUUACCGACCCUGAAAUUAAGGAGAUAAUUGGAGAAUGCAUUUGCAAAAAUAAAGAAGAGAGAUAUGAAAUUAAAGAUUUACUAAGCCAUGCCUUUUUUGCUGAAGAUACUGGGGUAAGAGUGGAACUUGCAGAAGAAGAUGAUGGUAGGAAAUCCUCUAUUGCCUUAAGACUCUGGGUAGAAGAUCCUAAGAAACUGAAAGGAAAACCCAAAGAUAAUGGAGCCAUUGAGUUUACUUUUGAUCUGGAGAAGGAAACUCCUGAUGAUGUUGCACAAGAAAUGGUUGAUGCUGGAUUUUUUCACGAGAGCGAUGUCAAAAUUGUUGCAAAGUCAAUACGUGACAGAGUAGCAUUAAUACAGUGGAGAAGAGAGAGGAUUUGGCCUCUCCUGCAAUCAGAAGAACAACAACGGGAUCCGGAGAGUUUAGAAAAAAUGAAGAUUCCACAAGCACAAGCAGUUCAGGUUAUGUACCUUUCUCACACUGGUCAUCACAUUCUGUCAGAACCAGAAGAGCCUGAAGCUGACCAGCAUCUUUCUCAGCAGAAUCUUCCCACAAGCGUCACUUCACUUGCAUCUGAUAGCACAUUCGACAGUGGGCAGGGAUCAACCGUGUAUUCAGACUCCCAGAGCAGCCAGCAAAGUGUCAUCUACUCAUCUAUGCCUGAUGCAAUACCUCCUGCAAUUCAGCGGGUUUACAGCCCACCUCUCAGCGAAAGCCAGACUUUGCCCCACGGUCUUCAGCAGCUGGGACCCUACCAGCAGCCUUCAGUUCCUGGACUUCCAGUGGUUCAGGCUCCACCUGCUGUUGUCUCUCAGCGACCACAACAUUAUCAAGAACCAGCAAUCCCAUUCCCUCUCGUCCAUCCCACCUCCGUUGCCCCUGUCCAGAUGAGACAAUCACAGCCUGUGUUAGCCAGCCAGCAGCAGUCCAUCCCACCUCCAGCUCCUCUACAGCAUGUUCUAGCCAACCAGCCCAUUUGCCCAGUGCAGCAACCUGCACCUCACCUAUUGCCCCAGUAUCAAACUCCCAGUUCUCAGGUGGCAGCUAGCAAUGCAUCUCUCACACCUUUGCAGAUUCCCCCUGUGCAGCAACUUCCAGCAGUCCCACCUGGCCAGAUUCCUCAGUUUCCCGUCAUUCCUGCAGUUACUCCUCUGGCAGGACUUGAUAGCCACCCUCCAAACUUGUCUGAUAUACCUGCUGCAAAUGCGCCCCCUAUACCUGCUCCUUCUCAGUAUUUUCCUCCAGCUGUGAUUUUACCAAGCUUUCCCAUGAACCCUGCUCUGCCACUGACAUCAAAUUCCCCUGCCCUGCCCAUGCAAGCGGUCAACCUUCCUCAUACUUCUGUGGCUUCCUUGGUCUUGCCCUGCCAAACAAUUGUGCCAAAUAUGUCGGCUGCUCCAGUACCAUUACUCGCUGUAGCUCCACCAGGAGUGUCAGCCUUGCCAGCACAUCAUGCAGUAGCCCAGCUCUCCCAGCAACAGAUGUACCAGGCUACCCUCCAGCAGAUAAUUCAGAAUGAAGUUCUUCCCUCUCCCCAUCACACCCAGAACAUGCAAGCAGUUUCACAGCAGCAGCAGCAGCAGCAGCUGCCUCCACUUCCUCAGUCACUUCAACCAAGCAUAAUUCAUCCUUCAGAACAGACUAUGUCUGCAUCUGGGGCUGGUAAUCAGAUUAUUGGACACCCUCAGUAUACUGUGGAUAUUGGGACCCAGAUGCCUGCGUUGCCAGUGCAGCCUUCUGCAGUUAUUUCACCACCAUUGCAGUUGCAGCCUGAAGCAUUGCAUCCCUGCAUUGGUCCAGAAGGUCUUCCACAAGGCACCAUUGCUCCAUCAAAUGUUGCAAUGCCUAUAGAUCAUGGGCUGCCUCUCCAGUCUACUGGUUAUCUGCCGCCUCAGCCAGAUAAUCACCAGCCUCUGGGCCAGCAGGUCCAUACUUCAUGCCCAGCUAUGCCACUGGCUACAGAAUCUUCUCAAGAGGAGCAUGGAAUAAUGGAAAAGCAGCAGUCACUAUCACAGAGCUGUGAAAGUUACAUGAGUCCUGAUGUGGCUUCUGGUAAAGAGAUGAGUGACAGUUUUGAAGGAACAAGUGGAAGUAGUAAACAAGAAGGAAAAUCUUCCAAAAAGCAUAAGAAAUCAACACGUACUCGUUCACGCCAGGAAAAAUCCAACAGGCCCAAAUUGACAAUUUUAAAUGUAUGCAACACAGGGGAUAAGAUGGUGGAAUGCCAGCUAGAAACACACAAUCACAAAAUGGUUACAUUUAAGUUUGAUUUAGAUGGUGAUGCACCAGAAGAAAUUGCUACUUACAUGGUAGAAAACGAAUUUAUAUUGCCUACUGAGAAAGAGAUAUUUAUAGAGCAACUGAAAGAAAUCAUUGACAAAGCCGAAGAUAUGCUUAGUGAAGAUACAGAAGGGGAACGAAGUUCUGAUCAGGGUGCAAGCCCUCAGCAAGACACUUGCAGGCUGGAAAGCAAUGAGGUGAAUCGGCAAUCCCAGGCAAGAAUGCCAGUGUACCAACAGAAUGUUCUGCAUACAGGAAAGCGGUGGUUUAUCAUUUGUCCUGUUGUGGAAAAUCCAGCUGCUGAAGCACCAGAAUUCACUUCACCAGCUCCUCAAAGUGCAAAACAGGCCGAUGCUCCAGAUGUAGAACAGUCGGACGAUCAGCAGCAGAGCUCUACAGCAACAGACAAACCCACAGACACAGCCCUUCAGCAGCUUUCAGGUCAAAGGAGCGCCACGGACAGCCCCAGAGCAACUCCUCCUCCUCCUGCUGCUCCUCUGACACAAGUCUCCACUGCAGCACCAACCUCCCUUCCACAGGUCCAGCCAGAAACAUCCACUGCAACACCCCCAGUGACAGCUCCAUGUGCUCUAGAACAGAUUGCUGACAGCACAGGCCAACCAGAGUACCCUCCGCAACAACAGCCUGUUGCAUCCAGUCAGCCUGGCAUACCUGCUGCCCCCAGUGCAACUUCACUCGAAGAACAUCCUGAGGCUCAGCUUCCUCUAAAUCCCCCGUUGCAGGCACUCCAACGAAUAGAUGAAAGCCCUUGUGUCCCUGAGACAGAGGCUGAACUGGGCACUGCUGGGCUUCCAGAGCCGAUCCAGACUGUUCCUGCACAGGCAGCAGAAGCCUGCCCACUCCCUGCUGUCUCUGAUGUGACUAUUUUGGAACACCAGCCUCCAACACAAAUCCUCAACUUGCCAGACAACAGUCAGCCUAGUCAGAUGCCUCAUUCUUUUGCAAGCCAGGCACUUCCUGUGUCUGCCAUCCCCGAUCCUCUGAUUCUAGCAGCACCUCAGCUUUCAAGCCCCCCUCACUCAUCAGCAGCUACAUCCCAGUUACAAGCAACGUCAACCCAGUCCCAGCCCACAUCAUCCACUGGCCUUGCAGUUAGCGCGCCUCAGCCGCCUUGUGCUGUAGAAUCAGACGGUGAAGGACCACCGAGAGUUGAUUUUGCUGACAACACAAUAAAGAGUCUGGAUGAGAAGCUGCGCAACUUGCUCUACCAGGAAUAUGUCCCGACAUCUUCUGCAUCUGCUGCAACGCCAGACAGCUUUGUACCUAUAGACCAAGGAGAUGGUGAAUUUAACUUGGCACCUUUGCCUGCGCUUGUGUUGGACCUGAAAGUUCCUGUAGCUGGCAUGGAUGUUAAGUCAGCUGAGGAUCAACCUGCACUCACCACGUCUCCCGUUCCGGUGAGAAAAGCAGAAGUUACUUCUACCAGCACCCAGCCCUCAGAAAUAACCCAUGGAUCAACAAGCAGAGCAGGACAAGCUGCAAACAUUACUUCCGCUUCUGUUGGCACACCAUCAGGACUCCCUCAGGUUGCUCAGAAAGAUGCUUCUAAGAGGAGUGAAAAGGAAAACACUGCACCGUUACUUGAAGAGAAAAGUAAAUCUGAAAAGGAUGACUCUGUGGACUCGAGCUGUAGCGAGAAACAAGCUGAAACACACGACAGCACACCAGCAAAAACUAUUGGCAGAUUUUCAGUGAUCAGUACACAGGAUGAGUUAACUUUACCACCUGUGCAUUCCUUGAGAUACUCUGCGCCACCAGAUGUUUAUCUAGAUGAUCAACCUUCUAGCCCUGAUAUGAAGACUUCUUUGCGGCGUGUGCAGACAGCAUCCUCUAUCGAUGUACUUUGUGGUCAGGAUUCUAGUGAUUCUGGCGAUGAAUCUCUUCAAAGGAAACCAGCUCCACCAUCACCACAGAGCAGUAGUGCAGGAAAUGACUACGUGAAAAAGACCUCAUCUUUUCUGCAAAAGUCUGGAAAGUCCAGUUCACAAGGCCUUGAUUCUCCUAAUGGUCAUGGAUCAAAACUCCCAACCAUCAACAUAACUUCUUUCCAUUCACAAUCAUCAUAUGUGAGCAGUGACAAUGACUCGGAGUUUGAAGAUGCAGACAUGAAGAAAGAAUUGCAGCACCUGAGGGAAAAACACAUGAAAGAAAUUACUGAGCUGCAGACUCAGCAGAAGAAAGAAAUAGAAGCCCUGUACAUCCGGCUGGGGAAGCCUUUACCACCAAAUAUCGGGUUCCUUCAUUCUGCCCCGCCAACUGGCCGUCGACGAAGAACCAGCAAGAGCAAAUUAAAAACCGGGAAAUUAAUAAAUCCUGUUGUUCAACAGCUCAAAACAACAACAUCCAGUACAAGUAGUGUAUCAGACUGCAGAGACACUCUGGCUAAAGAAAAUGCUAAAGCUCAGACUGGUUCUACUGAAGCAGCAGCGCUAACUUCGUCCACAUCAGCCAUACUUGGAAAGUCAGUUCAGACACAGCAACCCUGCUCUGUCAAGGCUUCCUUGUCCACUGACAUCUGCUCUGGAUUAGCUACUGAGGGAGGCGAUGCCCAUGAAAAUUCUGCCCAAGGCUGGACGGUUUUCCACCAAACGUCUGAGAGAGUGACCUAUAAAUCUAGUAGCAAACCUCGUACCAGAUUCCUCAGUGGACCUGUGUCUUUGUCCAUCUGGUCCACCCUGAAACGACUAUGUCUAGGCAAAGAUCACAGUAGUAGAUCCUCGACAAACAGCCUUGUAGCAUAUCCGGACCCUCUGCCACAAACAACGCUACAGGUGCAAGUACAAGCCAACAACAGCAACAACAAGAAAGGAACUUUCACAGAUGAUCUCCACAAACUGGUGGAUCAAUGGACAAGCAAAACCGUGGGAGCUGUGCAGGCGAAACCAUCCUUAAAUCAACUUAAGCAGAACCAAAAGCGGCAAGACAUGGAGCCAAAGGCUAACCCCAUGCAGACACAGAAUGAGACGUGUGGAGUUAAUUCAGUAAGAACAGGAGUGGGGGAAAAGACAAUUGUUCCAGUCUCUUGCCCAGUGCCAGCUGCAUUAACUCCUGGAGUUUCAACAUCCCUGCCAGUGCCUAUGCCAGGUACUACCCUUUCUGGCACAGUAAAACCUUAUGUGAUGCCUCUUUGUCAAUAUGGAGGAGUUUUCCCUACAUCCGUUUUUGGAGUGCAGUGGUUGGGCCCAGCCACACAGCCUGGGAUUGUAGGAGGCCAGAGCGUUGCGCCAUUCCCACCUCUGGGCAAAAACGGCUUGCAGCUGUUUCCAGUGCCGCUGCAGCAACCCGUGGUCAGCCCGCCGGGCUCUAACAUGAGAAUAACCUAGCUCGGCCACCUUUCGAUAGCUGACGGUGCUUUCCCGUGUGUGACCAGGGUGUGUUGACCUGCCGGCAUUCAGCUCAGGCCUGCUAGUGUGCCCACCAUCCAUACACUGAAUCAAGCAAUCACUGUGAAAUGUUUUCACACCGAUUCGUUUGUGGCUAUGGCAAUAUUUGCUUCUCCUUCCUUGCUGAAGAUCACUUUAUUUUGUGCUCUGGUGUUUGAAACCGCAAACUUCCGCGUUAAUGUACUUGAAUUGAUGGUUAAGACAACUGUAUUAAUCCUGCAGGAGUAUUAGUGCCUUGAAUUCAAGCUUUUCAGUUCUCGUUGGAAAGAUGUAAAUAAUAAGAAUAAUUGAAAAGUGUAUUUUAUUUACAAUCUGCUUGUCUGAGGUUAUUUUUUCUUAAUUUGCAUAUAUAUAUUGAAAAAAAUGUUGAAGGUUUACAUUUGAAACUCUUGCCCAGUUUUGUUCCAUUUUUCUCCUGUAAAUGCUUUUAUUUUAACUGGUGGUUAAAGGGUGAGUUUAAAAAAGAACAAGGGUGGCUUAAAUGUUUACAGAGUGAGUUAUUGACAGAAGACUUUUCAUUUUAACAAAGAGUAAUAACAUAAGUCGCUUUCUUUUGCAAUAGAAGCAUUUAAAAGAGCUUGAAAUUAAGUUGUAUAUAUGUGUGCAGGUAAUAGCUUUGGGCAGUGCAAUUCACUUUGUUAUGCAAUCUUUCUGGAAAAGCUGUUGCAAGUGAAAACUUCUGUUUUAAUAUGAAAUAGCAAAUUUGGCAAGCAGUUUAAGAUGCUUUUCUCUCCCUCCCCCUUUUCUCUCCUUCCCUCCCUCUCUUUCUCACUUAGCCGCAAAACCAAAAACUAUUCUGAACAAAUUAUGUUAUUUAAAUUCAAUCCAUGCAUGUUUCAUUUGUGAAAUAAACUAAUCAAAAUAUUGGUUAUAGGAGAACCCGUCCCAAAGUUACUAUUUUUUAAAAAAACAUAUGUAAGUACUGAACUUUACUUGCAUGCCAUUGCCUUUAUUCCAACAGCAGUCAUAGUUCAGAACCAUAUUUGAAGUGCUUACAGUAUUUUCACUGAAGUGGAAUUAAAUGUGAAGCUUUCUUUAUUAUUAUCCACCCUACUUAUUUAGUAGUGUUGGUGUUUGAUCACAUUUGAAUUUAUUUCACCAUUUUUCACUCUGUUUGCACUGUAGAUAGAAUGGGCACCUCUUUCUUUUUUUGACUUGUGCUUUUUUUCAUUGAGUUCACUUAACUGUACAUAGACUUUGCACCUUCACCUCUCAUAUAAAGGCACAAGGUAACUACCAAGGUUGAUUUGCAGAUUGGUAAGUCUCUAUUUACUUGAAAUGAUAAAAAAAACUAGGACAAGCAUAAUGGCACACAUUUUAAAAUAAAAAGCAUUGCAACAGAAAAGUUGAAGGCACACUGCACUCACAUUCUCUCUUUAUGACAUUUUUGAACUACCUGCUGAAGAGUCGGAGCUGUUUUGUGCUGCCGAUCUGUGAAUUGUAUAGUUCUAUUGUACAUUGAGCAUUAAGAACUGUCUGAAACGUUUUGUUGGUUCCAUUUAGUUUAUAUUAUUCCAUCAAUUCGGUUAGAAUUGAAUUUUGUAGAACAUGGUGCAGAGUCAUCUGCCUGGGCAAAAUACAUGCUGUAGUAAGAGAUUUCUGCUCUCUGUAACAUGUAUAUUUCAUUUGUUUGAGACUUUAUUUUAGAUUCAUGUCUGUAUGCUUUAUGAGCAAAAUAUGGAAAAUCUUGUUCUCACUACCCCCUUGGCUUGCACUGAAACCUUCGGUUUGUUGGUAUUGCCUGUUGUAUAGCCGUGCCCCUUGUCAGCUGACAAGUCAGUGGCACCAGCUCCUCACUCCCAAGAGAUUGUAUAUAUUCAAGAGAAGACAAAAUAAAACAUUUUUGUGCUUGAAAAAAUUGUGGAAAACCUAGUGUGUUGCUAAAAUUCUUAAGCUAUCACAAGAUAGCACCGCUCUUUAAUUCCAUUCCCUGCAGCUUCAGACACCGAUUUAAGGAAUCAUCUGUGACCAGGUAUCCUUAAUUGAGAGCACUAAAAAUGUCCCCUUGCUCUCUCCACCAAGUCCAAUGAGUAAAUCCUUCAAUGGGUGCCCUUGGCAGACCUCAUGUUUUUUGCCACAUUGUCCUCAAUGAAUUUGACUUUUAGUCUAAAAAUUUAGUGCACCAUUCUGUUGAUCCAUUUCACACCCAUGAAUCUUAUGGUAAAGGAUGGGUAAGAAAUCUGAAUAAAUAAAUGUUAAGGACAGCAAUUGGCUUGCUUGAUAAUUCUAAGCACAGAACUUUGAAUAUAUGCUAUUGUAUAUGUUUGGGGUGAAAUAAACUGUCAACUUGGGACAGGAAUGGUUAAAUGGUAACAGUGGUGGCAAGCUUCAUGACACAAAAAAUCCAACACAAUAAAAGUAUAUUGGACUGGAGAAAUCACUGUAGGUUCAGACACCGGCUACAAUUCAGCAAAUUUCUCAGUAGUGUUGCUUCUUGUAUCUAUUUAAUAGCAAAGGAGCAGCCUUGACUGGGCUCAUGAUCCCUGAGUAAAAUAGACUCGGUUACUAUGAAUGAGGAUGCCAUUAAUUCUCAAAGUCCUGAUCCUGCCUUCUGCAGCUGGUACUUUUGAGCCCAGGGAGUCAUGUUUGAUGUUAAGAAAAUGAGCUCAUUCUCAUUUUAAGUGAGAAAGACUUCUGCCCAUAUUAAUGUAACCUGAAUCCUGUUACAUUUUGGAUGGGAAAGGUGGCCUACUGAAUGUGUAGUCCUGUAUAGCCUGAACCACCAGAGAUCUGAAAGACAGCCCUUGAAUUGUAUUUUAGAAUUCUAAAUGUAUUUGCUUCCCCACCCCGCAAAUUGUUUUUGUUUAAAAAAGUAUGUUAUGAUUUGCCCUUUCACGUAGAUGGAUGGAUGAAUAUGGCAUGGAGCUCAGCAAGAGAUCAUGGACAGGGUGUAUGGGCCACAGCAUUCUUAUACAGUACAUUUCAGUUGUGUAUUUAAGUCCAAAUCAAGAGUUUGAAUUCAAUCCUAAAGGGAGUCAGGAGAGGUGCAUUGAUGUGUUCCAAGCAAAAGAACCUGUAUCUGAACACUCAUAAAUGAUAGCUUCAGAUAGCGUAUAUUAGUAAUUCCAGUCUUGAACUGAUGGUGGUAAUGAACUUCAUGUCUGAAUCUAAAAUAAGGGAUUGCUGCUUUAUUACUUGAAGAAGAUCACUACAGCGCUGACACAAUUCCAGAGCAUCAGUGAUGAAUGUCCCUCUGCCCUUCCAGAGCAGAAGAUUUGUCAGCUAUUAUUUCUUUAGUUUUUUGUCUCGUGCUGAAUUCAACUGCAAUCAAGUUACUGGUAUCCAUUCUCCCUCCAUCACCAAAGACCAAAUACGCAGUCAGUUGGACAGAUUAGGCCCUGCAGCCAGCAUAAUAUUUCACUCUCAUCUUUCUCAUGAUGAUGUCCCACUGCCUCUAUGCAAAUUGAAAUGAAGAAGUAACUGGCUGGGAUCUCAUGGGGAAUGCAACAGUAUUAUCUAAUAGUAUUAGCUAAAAAUCGUAGAUCCAAGUUGCAAGCAAAAGUGCAGAACUGUAGUUCCAGAAAAAGCCAGACUGGCAGGUGUAUAUAUAUAAAAAACCCACACAAAACACAACCAUCCAUAUCUAGAGGAAGCUGAAAAGUAGCAAGUUCCUCUGUCCACCGGUGAUGAGGGCCAUCUUCAGCAGCCUUUUGGGUAAAGGGUGAUGAUGAUGGGAAUGGAAGGAUAUCUGCCCUGCAUGUGUUUUGUUGAUGGUGUUUUAGCUUCAGGGCCUAAAAGAUUACCAAUUUCAGUCCAUCCAGUUUCAUGUUCUAAAAAUGGUGCUGAGUAUGUAUAUUUUGCCAACCAAAUGAUUACAAGUGAUAGGUUCACGGAGGCCCAAUAGUCUUAAGUUAGUCCAAAAACAGUUCACAAAAAUUUGGGUGACUGUACUGUUAGAUCACACUAGCAGAAUAAGCAGAUCCAAAUUAUGUCUUUCUUGUUUAUGAGACAAAUAUAAAUAUAUAGCAUCUUAUCAGCUAUCCAACUUAACACUUCUUCUUGAGGAACCAUCAGGAUUUAGGUCUUUAAUGGCAAAAACGAAUAGAUAAAGGAAUGUUUUCCACUUGUGACUCAAGAUACAAUGCAGUGUGAAAGUUUUGUGACACAUCUCAGUUUAGCUACUGGAUGCAGCUGGUAUUUUGUUCCUGGAUCGUUGGAGAUCAUGAAGUUGCAGAAGAACUGACUGUAUAGGAAGAACACGGGCUUCUUGGUGCACCACUAGAUUGUGAAAUUUGAAAUGGCCAUUGUUAAAACUUACUUUCAAAACAAACGUGGAACAAUAACACUUAAGCAUUCAGCUUUCUACUGAAAGUACACAAACAUCACAGCACAUUUUGUGGACCUUUUAAAAUGUGGCUGCAUAUAGGAAAAGUCAUACAUUAUGCUGAGGCCGCUUGAAUACUAAGGAGUUGCAGGAUAUGAACCACACGUGUGUUUAUAAGAAAACAGGAAGAGCCCUACUGGAUGAGUCCAAAAGUUCAUCUAGUUCAGGCAUCCCCAAACUUCGGCCCUCCAGAUGUUUUGGACUACAAUUCCCAUCUUCCCCAACCACUCGUUCUCUUAGCUAGGGAUCAUGGGAGUUGUAGGCCAAAACAUCUGGAGGGCUGCAGUUUGGGGAUGCCUGAUCUAGUUUAACAUCUUAUUUCCAAUGACUACUCCAGAAAGUUCACAAGCAGGGAAUGAAGACAACAGUGUUUCUAGUUAUGUUUUCAGCAUCUGGUAUUUGGAAGCGUUCUAUUCAACCCUCAUUUAUUUAAUUUAUUUUAAGUACUGAUUGCCUGCCCUUCAUCUUGUAGUGACAACAAUGGAAGCACCGGAUCUCUCUCUCGAUCUCUCUCUCUUCUGUGUUUGUGGGUGCACACAGGUCCAAGCUUUUAUAUUAUAUGCAAUAAAGUUAGCAUUGCUGCAUAGAAUUUGCUUAGAAUGCACAACUGAACAAAGAAAAAUUUUGAUUUAUUGGAACAUUUUGUGCCACUAUGUUUGUCAUUGCAUCAAUUAGGGGUAAAAAAAAAAUGUAUUCAGAAGGAAAGCUGUGAUUCUGUCAAUUUUGAAAAUAACCUACAUGACACAAAAAUACUUUGGAAAUUUUAACUGGCCUGUAUGCCAUGUGCUGUCUACGCCAAAAAAAUGUGAUGUUUUUAAAUGUUGCUUUUUUAAAAUGCUGGGCAUGCUCAUUUUAAACUUACAACUAUUUGUUGUACUGUACUGCAAGUAACUCUAUGCAGGGAUAUUUUCUGCCCUGCAUGUGCCUAGAAUGUCUUAACAAUGCUCCAAUUUAUAGUUAAGAAGAGAGAAACAAUAAGUAGAAUUGAAGGUGUGGGAAACCACGAAAGUGAAAGGGACUUGAUUAUUAGCUGUUAAUGUUUGAAUAGGGAACCUUGUAUCAUCCUCUCUCUUCAUCUGAUGAGAUGUGUGAGCUAUACCUGUAGUUGGUGACAAUCCAUCUCACAACAGGGAACAGGUGUGAGUCCUGCCUGUGAAUGUUAUGUAAGAAAGAGGAGAUUGGCUAGAAUCCAGAAGAGUUUACGGUGAGGCUUGCUGCUUGAAAAGCCAGCACCAUCUAGAGAUGUUGAGAAAGCAGGUUUGAGGACUGGAGUGGUCAAUUUAGAAGGUUGCAGCCCAAUGCUUUUGCACCAGGGCUGGGCGAUACCUGGUUUUCAACAAUGCAAAAUAUCACCAGGUAAACCUUGUGAUAUACCGAUAUAUCACGAUGCCUGAACUAUGCAGAGGCGAACAGUAGGGCUGGGUGAUAUAUGGGUUUCAACUUAUCACCAGCUAAACAUCGCAGUACCCUGAUGUAUCACAAUGUCUGAAAUAAAGAUGGAGCUAUGUAGAGUCAUUGGCUGGCUUCAUGGUUUUUCCCACAUUGUGAUUUUUGCAUAGCACACACAUCAUGAUUCAGGAUAUAUUGCCAGGUCAAAAACCAUGAAACUGAUAUGGACUUCAAACUGGUUUUGGAUGAUAUAUUGUUCAGCCCUACCGUGCUAUUUUACUUGUGGCAGCCCUUUUGUCUGGGUGGUUGCCAGUUUUUUACACCCCCAAGAUGAACAUUUGCCAUGACCACAAGAAAGAAUGCAAUUGUCACCUACGUUGUGCUUAGGAGCACCAGUCACAUUUUAGGAAACAUGAUGGUCAUGUACCUGUAAGUACAUGGCACCAAUAGUUUCAGUUCCCCUUUGGAGGAUAAGCCUUGAAAUUCCUCCAGUGUAGAAGGCAAUUCCCUCUCUGCUAAAAUACGUAGUUACUAGUGUGUACAGGCUUGCCACUUUGAUUAUAGAAAAUGCAUGCCUCAAGAAUGUAAACUGAGAAAAUGUAUUUCUCUUUGCUUUAGGUAAACAACAGCGCAAUCUUAUGCACAUCUACUCAAACAUCAGUUGCACUGCAGUCAACAGGGCAUACCAUUGCACCCUAAUAAUUUCUAAUCUGUGCCUGUAACUUAUUCAAGCAUGAUCUGACAGUGGGAAAACUGUGUAGUUUUCUUAUGUACUAAUCCAUGCUUUGACUGGGACUGCAUGAUGUCAGUGGAUUUUGACAACAGCAAUUAAUGUCCAAUGGGCUCUGGGCCCUAUAUUCCCUCCUGUGUUCAGUCAUGAGAAAG